AUGACACAGUCGCCAUUUCCGGAUAAUUUUGACCCUUACUCGCCACGGAUAGUUUCAAGCAUUGACUUGUUAAUAUUCAUUUAUUUCAGCAUAGCGUUUAUAAUAAUAGCGUAUCCACUCUACCGUAUAGUUGCUGGCGCAUUUAAUUGGGAGUUGACAACCAAGACGCCAGCAAAACAUUACGGUGAUUUAAUGGCGUUGUUUCGUUAUGGGCUUAUUGUAUUCGUGCUGGGUGGGUACUCGGGAACAUUUAAUUGGAUCUCGAUAUUAUCAUUUUACAUCGCAAUGUACUCCUAUGGUCUAAUUGCUCAAAUACCAUUCGCACAGACUUCACUUCCACGAUGGCGAACAUGGCCGUUAGCAAUGUGGAUUCUAUUUAUUGCGGCGUUUGCUAUUAUCUUGGCGUUUGCCGGGUUUCAUAUCUAUUUGGCGGAUUCUUAUGAGAUAAUGAACGAACCACGAAAGCAUAAUACGGAAUUUGUCGCGUGGUAUUUGGGAUGUUUAAUUAUUCCGGCUAUAUUGGCGACUGUUGCACUGAUGUUUCAAAAAGUACAAAAUGACUAUGAUUACAAUAAGAUUGAAGAUGGGAUAUUUACAAAGAUUUUUGGAUGUAUGACUAGAAAGAAAGCACAAAAUGUUAAUGAUAAUAGUACCAAUGAACAACAUACAAUAACUGUGCAAGGAGAAACUGCAACUGCUACAAGCCCACCUGGACCAAAAAUCAAAGCCCGCGUACACUUGCAUCAUUGGCAAAUUUUCUACGUGUUGGCAUUCUUUACGCGAUUUGAGCAUCCGGUAUCUCGUGUUGCUAGUGGGAUUGUGCUAGGAAUUUAUACUCAGGGGAUGACAGCGUAUGGACCUGAUAGUUUUCUCGAGGAAUAUUCGGAAUGA